AUGCCUUUCACCAAGACCGUCAAGAACAACGCCUACUUCAGUCGCUUCCAGACUAAGUACCGUCGCCGCCGCGAGGGUAAGACCGACUACUAUGCUCGCAAGCGCCUGAUCACCCAGGCCAAGAACAAGUACAAUGCGCCCAAGUACCGCAUGGUCGUUCGCUUCACCAACCGCGACAUCGUCACCCAGAUUGUCUACUCUGAGGUCACCGGUGACAAGGGUCUUACCAACUGGGCUGCCGCUUACGCUACCGGUCUGCUCCUUGCCCGCCGUGUCCUCAAGAAGCUCAACCUUGACGAGCAGUUCAAGGGUGUCGAGGAGGCUGACGGUGAGCACACUCUCACCGAGGCCAUCGAGACCGAGGAUGGCGAGCGCCGCCCCUUCAAGGCCUUCCUCGAUGUCGGUCUUGUCCGCACCUCCACCGGUAACCGCGUCUUCGCUGCCAUGAAGGGUGCCUCCGACGGUGGUAUCUUCAUCCCCCACUCCGAGCGCCGUUUCCCCGGUUACGACAUCGAGUCCGAGGAGCUCGACGCCGAGACCCUCAAGGGUUACAUCCACGGCUCUCACGUCUCCGAGUACAUGGAGACCCUCGCCGAUGAGGAUGAGGAGCGCUACAAGUCCCAGUUCGUCAAGUACAUCGAGAACGAGAUUGAUGCUGGUGACCUCGAGGAGAUCUACGCUGAUGCCCACAAGGCCAUCCGCGAGGACCCCUUCAAGGCCGAUGAGAACGCUGGCCCCAAGAAGACCAAGGAGGAGUGGAAGGCCGAGUCCAAGAAGUACAAGGUCGCCCGUCUCACCCGCGAGCAGCGCAAGGCUCGCGUCGAGGAGAAGAUCCGCCAGCUUGCUGCUUAA